AUGACAGACCUCCUCCAAAUCCUACCCUCCUUUCCUCUCCGCCCUUUUGCAGCUCUAAUACCAACAAUUGAGCAACAGGCUCUCACAACAACAGAUCUUCUCACCCUUCAUCCCGCAGACAUAGCAAAGCAGACACGCCUCCCUAUCCUCGAUCUCAAGCGUCUCAUAGCUGCUAUACAAGCGUCUCUCUCUGACGAUCUCAGCCCACAGCAGCCUCUGCUUCAGCCGGCUGAAGAACCCAACGUCAUCAGUACUCUUGACGAGGGUCUGGAUGCUGCGUUAGGAGGUGGCGUGCCUGUUGGUGUGAUAACGGAAAUCACUGGUGAGAGCGGUGCUGGAAAGACACAAGCUCUUCUAUCACUAUGCCUAGCUGUCCAACUUCCUCCGCCUCAUGGGCUGGGCCGUGAAGCUCUCUACAUCUCAACUGAGGCAGCUCUCGCCACAAGCCGUCUUGCCCAGAUGCUCAACUCAAACCCCAUUCUACAGCAAUACGAUGACCCUGAAACUCGCCCUUCACUUGAUGCUAUCCGCAGCGCAGUCACGCCUGAUCUAGAGACACAAGAUCACAUCCUCGACUUCCAAGUCCCUGUUCUUCUGUCCCGUCAAAACAUUGGCCUCAUCAUUCUCGACUCAGUAGCAGCCAACUACCGUGCUGAGUUCGAACGGCAGGGUUCUCACGGCUCUAACAUGGCCGCUCGAAGUGCUGAACUCGUUCGUCUCGGUGCUCUUCUCCGCGAUCUAGCUCGACGCCACAAUCUCGCUGUUGUUGUAGCCAACCAGGUCGCUGAUCGAUUCGCAUCCAGCUCUACACCACGGCAUGCGCCUCCUAGAAGCAGUGGCGUCGCCUAUGAGAGUCCCCUCGCUUCCAGGAGUAUGCCUCCUCCUUCAUCUACGAACCUCCCUGGCACGCCCUCCUCGUCAUUACCCUUUGCCUUACAAGACCCCGAUGGUCCUCCGCCUCCACCCGCCCUAAUGCUUGAUCAUCAACAGCGUUGGUUCACAGGCUGGGGUGAUGAUCCCCACGCUUCUUAUUCACUCAAGACCCCAAGUUUGGGCCUGGUGUGGUCAACGCAGAUUGCUUGUCGUAUUGCACUCUUCAAGCGUCCUGUCUAUGGCCGUAUAAGACAGGCUGCCCCAGUAACAGCAGAGGAUGACUCUGACUUGGCAGCACCCACACUCAGAGGGUGGCGAAGAUGGAUGAAAGUUGUGUUUGCGCCUCAUGCGCCUCCGACGGGUCAGGGCUUGGACGGGGCGGUCGAGUUCGAAGUUACUAUGGGAGGAUUAAAAUCAAUUAAGAUCCAAAGGGCCAAAAAGCAAUAA